AUGUCGGAUAUGAACGGUACAAUGGCAGCGCAAAUCGCUCACAAAGAAGAUAUUAUGGCACCUGCACCAAUUGAAUUAUUAAUAGAAAGUUUAAAAAAGAUAUUUACAGAACAAAAAGAAAGUGAAGAGAGAACUAUGAAAAUUAAAUUAUUACUACAAUCAUAUGUUAAACAAGGUUACACAGACUGGAAAAAAUAUGUAAAUUUUAGUGAUACUCAUUAUACUAGAAAUCUAGUUGAAAUGACGGAUGAUUUUGAACUUAUGAUUAUAUGCUGGCAAAAAGGUCAAUAUAGUCGUAUUCAUAAUCAUGCUGGUUCUCACUGUUGGAUGGGAAUAGUUCAAGGAAAAUUAAUUGAACGAUUGUAUAAUUAUAUUACACCUGACGGACGUAUCGUAACCGAAGAUGAAGAACCUGCUACUGCAGAUGGUGUUUGUCCAGAUUUUCAUCUUGGUAUUUAUAUUUUUACUUUUUCUGUUUAA